AUGUGACCAGGUUGGUGGUUUGUCGCAAGAAUGGAUGCCUGAAGCAGGGAAAAGCAGAGGGCUCAAGCAAGUACGGAGAAGAUCGCCAAGAAAGCAACGAAACGGAUUGUCGAAAUAUGUAACGUUUCCAUCAGCCAACACCAGCCUCCUGCAUCUGCGGGUAGAGGGUUGAUGCGUUUCAUGUUGCGGGGGUGUACCUUGAAGGAAAGGAAGAGGGUUUAUUAUUACAAACCCUGCUGCCCGUCUCAGCUGAAUGGCUUUAACCUUUCACAUUCGGACUCCGAAGAAUAGCGUAUUUGCUGUCUUCUGUCUCGAUUCUCUAAUACACAGGCUGAAUCACCAUUAUCGCGACUGAGGAUCCUCUCGUUCCAACUCUCGGCCACACUCGACAUUCGUUUCUAAACCACCACGACAGCUAGCAGCACCAAGCACACCACGAUCCAAGAUGUACUCACGCUACAUCCGCGACAUGUCGUCCGAAGUGUCGGAUGUCAAAAACACCUUUUCAGGCUGGGAUCAAUGCAUGGCAAAAGCAUACUGCAAAUGGCCAGUAAUAAUCGGCAUAAUCCUCGGCGUCGUAAUCGCCGCCUCCAUGAUCUGGUGCCUCAUCCGCUGCAUCUGCUGCGGCGCCGAAUGCUGCUGCGGCUGCCUCUCCUGCUUCUCCUGCUGCACCUCUUGCUGCAAUUCCUCCUCCCAUCACAGCAAUAAAGGAUACACUCAACCCAUGACCGCUGCUCCUCAAGUCUCGCAAUAUGCACAAUAUCAACCUACCGCCGCACCGGUAUAUCGUGCCCAGCAACAGGCGCAAUAUGCACGCUUUGACGCCCCUGGAGCUGGUGCAAAGGCGUUUAAUGAAGAUGCAUUGCCUGCGAUGCCGAGUUGGGGCCAGAGUCGUACGGUGAGACAGCAAGAGGAGGUUGAUGAGAUGGACAUGGGAAGGUUGCAUCAACACCAACACCAAUACAACAACAACAACAAUCAAGCAGCUGAACCCAUGCUGCCCAAAUCCCCAUAUGCCCAGGUGGCAGAAUACCCUUAUCAAGCUAACGCCGGUGCGUAUUCUGGCGACUUGGGGUAUGCGGGUGAGCAAGGGCAGCAGCAGCAAUAUGGAUAUGGACAACAGCAACAGAUGCAGCAAUAUAGUCCCAGAGCUCAGAGUCCUGGCUAUGAGAGUCAAUUCUCUCAUGCCGCGCCGCCGAGUUAUCAUACUUCUGCUCCUGCGAGGAAGCCCGUUGGUGGUUCUUGGAGGGAUUUGUGAUUUUAUUUUUUUGGUUCCUUGUUUCUUUUUUGUACCCGGUUGCAUAGCGAUGGCGUUAUAUCUUGGGUUUUGGGUAAUACAAUAUACCCCCGUGGGAAAGGAAGACAAUUUGCUGGUUCAUUUUGUACUUUCUUAUUGUGUAGCUAGUGAAAGCAUUUCAUGUCAAGAGUCCUUCUGUUAUCAGCCUCUCUGGCACUUGCAUACCUGCACUCUCGUGGUGCAUGUAUACCGUCAUUUGAUCGACCCCCUGCCACUCACCGGGUGAAAACAUUCCAGUCAUGCUUCCUCAUCACCUCCAACACUUGACCAGCA